AUGCGGCUGCCGCUCGUUUCGUCGGCCCUGGUGGUGUGCCAGCUUGGUCUUGCGGCUGCCGGCCUGGACCAUGCCAUGAUCCAGAGGUCACUGGAGGCUCGAACGUGGGCGCACGAGACCCGCUCUGACCUUGGGGACUUGUCUGGAAUGCUGGAGACUUGCGAUGGCUGCAAGAAUAUACUCGGUAUCCUCAAGGGCAUUGUUGCCGACGGUGAUGAAGCCUUCAUCAGUCUCGGCAAAGAACUUUGCCAAAAAGCUACCUCGUACGACGAGCAAUUUUGCAAUGGCGUCGUGGAGCGUGAAGCCCCGCCCAUUGCGUCCAUUGUACGGACAAUGGACGUCGGUUCGCCGUCGUCUAUCCAGUUCUGCGUGUCGUUCCUCGGUGUAUGCGACAUCCCCCAGACUGACGCCUGGUCGGUCCCGUUUCCGUCCAAGGAAUCGUGUGCUCCUGAGAAGAAGGCGGUAAGCGGCAAGAAGCCUCUGCAGGUCAUUCAGUACUCGGAUAUCCACAUAGAUCCUUUAUACGUUGAAGGAUCGAGCACCAAAUGCGAGAAGCCCACAUGCUGCAGACCUUUUACCAAGGAUGAUCAGCCAGGCGUCACCAAAAACCCCGCCGGCGCAUUUGGAGACCACAACUGCGAUACUCCAGUGACGUUGGAAAAGAGCAUGUACGAGUAUAUCAAGAAGGAAUUCCCCAACGCUGCCUUCGCAUUGUUUACUGGAGAUAUUGUCGACCACGGGUUGUACAACACGAGCAAGCCAUACAAUGAGCAUCUGAUCAAGCACGCAUACACCACGGUUAAUGACUACAUCGAUGUCGUCUACGGGACUGCUGGCAACCACGAAGCGGACCCUCCCAACAUCUUCGAGCCAAAGUCGGCCGGCAACGAAAGCCAGUGGGUGUACGACUCUCUUGCUGCCGAAUGGUCGCGCUGGAUCAGCAACUCGUCUGUGCAGGAGGCCAAGGAUAUCGGUGCCUAUUCCACAAAGUAUCCCAAGGGCAAUGUCCGAAUCAUUUCCCUCAACACCAACAUGUACUACCGCUUCAACUUUCUUCUCUACCAGGACAAGCUCGGCAAAGACCCCAACGGCCAGCUCGCCUGGCUUGUCAAGGAGCUUGACGCCGCCGAGAGGGCCCGCGAGAAUGUCUACAUCAUCGGACACAUGCCGAUGGGUACUUCGGAUGCCUUGCCCAACGGGUCCAAUUACUUUGACCAGAUCGUCAAGCGCUAUUCAUCCACCAUCAAGGCCAUGUUUUUCGGACACACUCACGUCGAUCAAUUCGAAAUCAGCUACUCAGACUACUCUGAUCGGACCCAUGCCAAUGCCUUUGCCGUUACGUACAUCUGCCCAUCCCUGACACCCACGUCCGGCGAGCCAUCUUUCCGAGUCUACGACGUCGAUCCUGAGACGUUUGCCGUUAUCGAUGCCCACACCUACAUUGCCGACAUGGACGCCCCGGGGUUCCAGAAGAACGGUCCCGUCUGGAAAGAGUACUACUCGGCCAAGGAUGUGUACGGCCAUGUUACUAGCCCCCAGCUGAUUGAUUCCUCAGCCGAGCUGUCUCCCUCCUUCUGGCACAACGUCACCGUUGCGCUGGAGAAGGACGAGACGCUCUUUGACCAAUACAUGUCGCGCAAGAGCCGUGGCUGGAAGGAGGGCGGAAAGUGCCGCGGCGAGUGCAUGAAGGAGGAAAUUUGCAACCUCCGCGCCGGCCGAAGCCAGGACAAUUGCUGGAAGCCCACGCCGGGGGUACAUUUCUCCAAGCGCGACGAGACGGCGCAUAACCACGGCGAGCAUGACGAGUGCGGCGCACCCGUCUUCUCGGAAUGGCUGGGCGCCCUGCUCCGAAGAGAAGACCUGCUCGAGCUGGUGCAGGAACGCUUCCUACAAGUUGGCGGCAGAAUCGAGCCCAUCGUCAGGAGGGCGGAGCCGGCGUCGUCUUCCUCCACCACCGCCGAACCCACCACGACGCCGGUUGACUGCAGUGUCAGCGGAGCGCCCGCAAACUCGUCAGCCACAGGUUUCGUUCCAGCUACGGGUUCCGCUGCUGCAUCUUCAGGCCCUGCUCCAGCUUCUACCACGACUGUCUCUACGGGCAACGCAGCCGGUAAUGCUGCAACGCCGGCUGCGUGGGCCAUGAUGGGUCUGCUCGCCGCUCUGUUCUUGUAA